AUGAGAGGAGCAGGCACCAGACAUCUCUCAGUCCUCGUGCUGCUGUGCAUGACAGGACUGUCGCCGUCAGAUGCGCUGUAUGAGGGAAAGAGUGAGAUGUUUCAAGAAGAUGCUUUCCUUGGCGGCAAGUACAUCCAGCUAGGGUUCAGGCCUACAGGAAAGCUAGGAACCGAUGUGCAACCUGCUGACUUGUACACCCGACAAGGAGCAUGGGCAGGAGGGAUGAGUCUUCUCGGGGAUGCCGAUGGCUUCGGAGAGGGAGCAGACCUGCGGAUCGAUUACUUCCUGCCUGGAUCACCUGCGGAAGGCUUCCGUGCCGGGUACAGACUGUCUGGGAACGGUACUGUGCACGAAGGAGACAAUUUCGGGCAUUUUGUUUACAACGCGUCCAAGGAUCCAUACCUGUCGGCGGUGACAGUCGCUAUGCUGGGGGAUCUUUCGGUUGAGAUAGAGACCAGCUUUCAACCCCAAGACUUCUAUUUCCUCACGAGAGCCAAACUCAAGAACACGGGCUCCAACACGCUGGAUGACGUGAGGUACAUGCGGUACGCGGACCCUGACAACACGGUUGACAUGGGAGGAAGCUUCACCACCAUCAAUGAGAUUCUCUGCAGCCGAGGUCUUGGCCAGCCAUGCAGCGCGAUCUCCGCCGAGAGCUACGGGGCCGACGACCCUUAUUUGGACGUGAGCGGAAACAAGACCGCUGUUGUCUUCUACUACACGACAGAUGAUCGUGCAAGGUUGUUCACGGGAAACUGGGGUCUGAGCAUCUACGAUCCACAUGUAUAUGACAACGCUCUCAACUCCAUGUACGAGAUCCAGGAUGGGAUGAUUUACAUCACGUUCGAUGUCGGAAGCCUUGCAGCAGGGGAGGAACAAGUCGUCGAGUACUACACGGUUGCGGGGUUCGGUCCUCCUCGCGCUCUGCUGCGGCAGUUCGAGUCGAGCAUCGCAGGAGGAGGCAAGUGUGAGCUGACACAGACAUGGGGAGAGAUCAUCGGUCACUUGACUCGCAACGACGGCAGCUUCACCACGGGAGGGAUGGGGCAGUUGAUGACGGAGUCUCAUCAGGUGUGGGUAUGUCAGAAGCUUCACUCAUGUGCUCUUGAGCUUUCCAAGGUUGUCAAUGACUCCUACUGCUUCGUCUACAAUGAGAACACGACCAUCUUUGAGCCUUGGGGGCUCAACUCAACUCUCAACCUACUCAGACCACCGUCUCAUUGAGUCAUGCUCAACCUCAGUGGCAAGGCGCUCCGCAAUAAGAUAGUGCCAAGUUUACUAAGUUACAACCCCAGCGCGGCGGGUGCCACGGUGCUUGAGGGCAUGCGCCGGAGACCUUGCCGCAGUGAGGUCCACGGCUGCAGUCCGAGCCUCGCAGGUCGGACCGGCGGUGGCCACGGUUCACUGUUCCGUCUGGGGCCAGCCGCCGGACCGCCCGCUGCUGUAGCGUGUAUUAUGAUAUGAUAAUUGAACCGAUCUCG